GUUCCCGUCCGUGGGAGUACGGACAGGAAAAGAAAAGCCCCCGAAAUCAAUCGCUCCAUAGUUUUCGGGCGACGCAGACGAUGAUAAGGUGAUCGGAACCCCGUCGUCAGCUCCCUUUCCGUUCAUCGUCGGCAAUUGGAUUGCAGCUUCUCCUCCGACCACAAAAUUAGUUUUUUUUUUUUGGCUCACCGUUUUAAGCGCCAAGAAUUUCAUUUUCCCGCUGAAUUACGUGAGCAGGGCCUGAAGCGUGCGCCUUGGCCGGCUGUUUGAUGGAGGAAGCGAAAUUGGGCUGAUUGAUUUUCAGCUGAGUGGAAGAAUUUUCCAGUGUCUCCUGCGCUUCGAUGGGUUGAUUUCAAUUUCCUCAUUGGGGAUUUUCAUCGAACAGUUGCAGGGAGGCCACUUGUAGUAGUUAAGUGAGCACCAUGGUGGGUACAUCCACGCAUGAUGAUCUAGAAGCCUCCAAGGGAGCCAAGAAGAAAUGGACUCCCUUGGAGGACGAGGCACUGGUGUCAUGCAUGGUUGAUUUGUUCAACUCUGGGACGCACAAUGGUGAGUCAGGAUUCAAAUCUGGCUACUUGAGAGAGCUCGAGAAACUUCUUAAGCGUAAAAUGCCCAAUGCUGGAAUAAAAGCCCGGCCGCAUAUUGAAUCAAGGCUCAAGACGCUGAAAAAGGAGUGGGGAAUCGUGUUUGACAUAGUCUAUGGGCCACACUCCAGUGGGUUUAGGUGGGAUUACAAGAGGCACAUGGUGAUUGCAAAGAAUGCGGAUUGGGAUGCUUAUUUAGCGACUCACAAAGAUGCCACUCCUUAUAGAUUCAGAUCUUUCCCGCAUUUUGAGGAGUUAACUCUGAUGUACUCGAGAGAACCUGCAAUAGAAAAUGUACCUGCAAAUCAGGCCAAUGAAGAUCAAGAUUCAACAGGAGUUGCGUCCUCACCAGGUGAUCUGCAGGGCUCCAAAGGAAACAAGAGGAAAUGGAAUCCUAGGGAGGAUGAGGCACUUGUUUCGUGCAUGGUGGAAUUGUAUAAGUUUUGCAACCCUAAUGGAGAUUGUGGAUUCAAAUCGGGUUACUUGCGGGAGCUCGAAAAAAUGCUUAACAAGAAGUUGCCCAACUGUGGCUUGAAAGGCAGGCCUCACAUAGAAUCUCGAAUUAAGACACUUAAGAAGGAUUGGAGUAUACUGUAUGAGAUGAUCUAUGGGCCACAUGGUAAUGCCUUCAAGUGGGAUAGUAGUAGGAAGAUUGCAGCGGCUGAAGUUUCUGUUUGGGAUACAUAUUUGCUUAGCCAUAAGGAAGCAGCUGCUUUUAGAUUCAAGGCUUUCCCACAUUUUGAGGAUUUGACUUUGAUCUAUGCGAAGGAUCGUGCCACAGGACGACAUGCACGGGCAGUCAAAGACAUUCUUCAGGAGAUGGACUUGGGAAGUGCCCGUGGAGAAAAUGGGAAAGGCAAUGGGCCAGUGAAUGAGAUCUAUGAAGAUGGAGAUCUGCGGGACGUUACCCUGGAUGCUGAUGCCAUAAGCAGGCAUGAGCCUGCUCAUGAAGAGGAAGAUUUUCAUGAUCCUGUGCCAUGUGGAAACAAUCUGUGCGGGCCCAAACCCAUAAAUGAAUUCAAUAGAGGCGAAGAUCCUCAGAAUGUUUUGCCGAAUGGGGAUUGUAUAACUCGGCCACUGGUGUCCACAGAAGGUGAAAGUACCUCAUCAGCAAGAAAAAGAAAGAGGACCGAACAAGAGGAAAACCCAGUCUGUGAAGCCGGGAAAAGUCUGACUUCUUCUCUAUUGAAUGAAGUGCGGGAAUUGAGGAAAGAGAUGGGAAGGUAUCUCGGGUCAGAUUCAAUGAGGCAGCAUAUUACGGAAUUCAAUGAUGCUAUGGAACUGGUUGAAGGGUUGACGGUUGAUGAGAGACUGCUCGCCUCUUACAAGAUCGUGGAGCGUCCUGCCCAGAUGUUUUUGUUUCUGUCCCUGAAACCCGAACUGCGGCUAAGAUGGAUUAGGAUCUUCCUCGCUAACAACUGAACAGUAUCUUCUUUUUUGUUAUUUUGCAUAUAUUUUGCUUCUAGUUUAAAGUUCUAGGAUUGGUCUUUUGUCGAUAGAAACUUAACAUUAUUUUUGUAAAUCUUAGUAGAAGAACACUAACUGGAAGUUCAAGAUCAGAUCAUAAUUAGUUGCUUCAGAGUACAUUAUGGUUGUUGCAAGGGAUUGAUGUUCAACAUUUGCAAACA